AUGGUUGCAUUGCUUGGCGGCCCAUUGAACUAUCUAGGCCCUGCUAUCUUUAAUGCCCUCUCUGACGAGGGUGCCCUGGGGUCGAGGAUCCUAAACAGCCUGAGAGUAGCACCUUUCGACCAACACUUGUCGACCGAGGACGGUAGGCAUUUGGAAGAUCCGACGGCCACACUGGGCUCACUCAACAUCUAUCCUGACUCUGUCCUCAUCCUCAAAGUCUCCUUCUUCUUCACGGCCUCCGUUUUUUCCCUCGCUGACGAGGACAUGAAUGGCCGUCCCGUCACGUGGCCGCUGAACGGGAGGUCAUCCAGGCCCGUUCUCUCUCCCUGGUUACGUCUGGCAUUAGUGCUGUCGCGUCAUCGUGUAGAUCCAGACUGGAGACAUCCCUCUAAUUUGCCGAAGAGAGGUGAUUCCUUCGACACAAGAGGUGCUGGAGUAACGGAGUACCCGCGGGUCACUGCAGCCGCGCGAGCUGGUCUCGGUCAUUCCAUCUCCUCAGCCGAUUUCACGGUCUUCUCUUUCAAUGGAGGCAGCUUCUCUUCCAUGUAG